CUAGAACAGCCAUGGAAUAAAACUCAACGUGCUUUUUCAUCGUUGGAUGAAAACCAGUCAGGGCGGGCGGUCAGAAGAUUCUAAACGAACGAACACGAUUUGUUCAAACCCACUGGUUCUCUUAUAAAAUUUCCCUUCUAGAUCCCACUACCUUCUUCUUUCUCCGUACUCUCUUUCCGAGAAACCCCAUAACCAAUCUCACGAACUUCUUCUCAUAAAUACCCGUUUUCCUGCACUUCUGCGCAAAACAAUAUCAGUAACCCCAUAAAGAAGGAAAAAACAAAGAUCAUCGACAUGUGUUUGGUGUUCGUGUGCGACCAAGACGAGACAGUAAUCGGAAGACAGCCGGCGCCGGGGGCGUGUCCUUACUGUGGAGGAAUGAUUCAAGCCAUGGAUGUUGAGAGCCAGUGGAGAUUCUGUUUCUUGCCUCUAUAUUUCAAGACGAAGAGGAAGUUUUAUUGUACAAUCUGUGGCAGACGCUUGGUCAUCCAGCAAUGAUUCUGCUAUCCCAUCCUAUAAAGUCUUUUAAUUUCGUCAUCUUUGUACAUGUAUAGUUAUAUGGUACUACUUCUCUUUCUGGGUUUCUUGUGAUAUACAAGAUUUGGGUAUUUUGUUGUAUUGUUCCUAUUCUCGCUGCUUCAGUUUUGGUGAUUCUAAUGACUUGAUUAAUUGACAUAACUUCUUAUUAGUA